AUGUGUUCGAAGGGCAUCUCAAUCGCCAUUGCAUUGUUAGUGAUUCUGCAGGUCCACGGAACGACUUCCUGCACCUUCAUAGAUCAGAAAGACGAUUUUGUGGCAGAUGUCAUCUAUGCCAUGUUGAAGAAAGACAAAGAUUGGUGUCUUCUUACCUGUUAUGAAGAGGAAAACUGCACGUAUGUGGAAUAUCAAGAGGGCGUUUGCACUAUUUUCAAGGACGGAGAAACUCAUCAGGAUGGUGGCAACAACAUGUACAAGCUUGAUUGUCAGCUUACACUACCAGCAUGUCCACAUUGCUUACCACUUGCGCCAGAAGUGGAAUUUCAAACGCUUCCAGUGCCAAAAAUUGAACAGAGCAAGACUAGGAUGAGGGAACUGCUGGCAAAGGACGCCGUUGCUUUGACUGUCGUACAUAUCUACGACAAGAAUGGUUACAUCUUUACAAAGUCCGAAGCAGCUUUUCCUGACGGAACAGCGCCCUUUCACAGGUAA